CCGUCGAUGACACACCACCGAGCUGAGUUGUCGACUCUCUCUCUGCGCCACAAGAAGCUUCUAGAGGCAGCAGCCUGCCAUGACGUCCACCGUGACGACUCCCAGCCACCCGCUUGCCGCCGGGUGCCGCCGCUCGGCCGGGCCCACUGUGCUCUCCUUCAGAGGGCCACGGCGACGGGCGCCGUCCACUAGCUGCUCGGCGCUCGCGUCGCCCGAGAAACAUAGCGCGGCCAAGCUCCCUCUGCCGCCGCCGCCGCCGCAGGACACGGCAACGGCGUCGAGGACAGACUACAGCGAGGUGGCGGCCGCGCUGGAGAGCAUCUACAAGCUCAGCCCCGCCGUGGUCGAAGAGAAGCACGACGAGGACGACAAGGGCGACAAGGCCAAGAAGAAGAUGAAGGGCAGAGUGGGAAGGAGCACGGUGAUCGUGAGGAGCCGGAGGAGGCAGCGGGGGAGGAGGAUGGACCUGGGGAAGAGAGUGGAGAUGAAGAGCAGGGAGGGGGACGCCGGCGGCAAGCAGGAAGAGGAGCGGGAGUUCGAGGCGAUGCUGCUCAGGGAGCAUUCGGUGUCCACGGACAUGGGCAGCCUCGACUGGAAGCGCAUGAAGAUCCCGCCGGUUCUCAGCUCAGCCCAGAGCGCGCGCCUCUUCAAGACCAUGCAGCCCAUGAAGGCGAUCUUUGAAGUGCAAGAGAGCUUGCGGGACGAGCUGGAGAGGGAGCCGACCGACGCGGAGCUCGCGGGGGCCACGCACAUGACCGUGCAGCAGCUGCGGCGCCGCCUCGACGUCGGCCGUGCCGCCAGGAACAAGCUCAUCAAGCACAACCUCCGGCUGGUGUUGUACGCCAUCAACAAGUACUACCCGGACAUGGCCAACGACGAGAGGUUCGACGACCUCUGCCAGGCCGGCGCCAACGGCCUCAUCACCGCCAUCGACCGGUUCGAGCCGAAGCGCGGCUUCCGCAUUUCGACCUACGCUCUCUUCUGGAUCAGGCACUCCAUCGUCCGCGCAAUGACGCUCUCCAACUUCACACGGUUCCCCUUCGCCAUGGAAUCGGAGAGGCAGGAGAUAUACAAGGCCAGGGAGGAGCUGGCGUUCGAGCUCGGGAGGGCGCCCACGGACGAGGAGGUCGUCAAGAGGGUGGGGAUAUCUCCGGCGCGGUACCGCGACGUGCUGAGGAUGACGAAGCCGACCUACUCCCUGCACUCGCGGAACCGCGUGACGCAGGAGGAGCUCAUCAACGAGGUCACCGACGACGACGCCAUCGGGGUCGACGCCAGCAAGCACAACACGCUCCUCCGCCUAGCCAUCGAUGAUCUCCUGGACUCUCUGAAGCCCAAGGAGAACCUGGUGAUCAGGCAGCGGUUCGGGCUGGACGGCAGGGGGAAGCGCACGCUCAGCGAGAUCGCCGGCAACCUCAGCAUCUCGAGGGAGAUGGUCCGCAAGUACGAGCUCAAGGCCCUGAUGAAGCUCAAGCAUCCGACACGAGUGGACUACCUCCGCAGAUACAUGUGAGCUCAGCUGCCAAGUGUGCAUAGAUACGUAGUAGCAUGCAUGCUGGUGCAUAUACUACUAGCAUGUAGCAGUACUCUGCUGGUAGUACGACAACAGAACAGAGUUGCGUUACUCUGCUCUGCUGUAUAUAUGUGUGGCUAUCAUCUAUCUCCACUCUGCACUGCAUACUACAGAAAUCACUCCGUGUUAUACUUCUAGGCAUGUACAGAUACAGGAAUGAGCAUUAUCAAUUCGUGCGAGGUUGUAUUCCAGACCUUGCGUGUAAUUCUUAACAUACAGACAUGGCACAUGAAAUGA